AUGUCUUUCAAGAAGGAUGAAGAGGCAGGUGGGAUGUCGUUCUACCAUGACAAGUCCACCAUUCUACAGGAAGCUAGAGUGUUCAAUGAAUCGCCCAUAUCACCUAGGAAAUGCCGUGCCCUCUUGACUAGGAUUGUGUACUUAUUGUACGUUGGAGAAACAUUCUCGACUCAGGAAGCUACAACGUUGUUCUUUGGAGUAACAAAGCUGUUUCAACAUAAAGAUGCCGCACUCAGACAAAUGGUAUACCUUGUCAUCAAGGAAUUGUCAACUAUCGCUGAAGACGUCAUCAUGGUCACUUCAUCAAUCAUGAAAGAUAUGCAACCCAACUUGGAAGUCGUGUAUAGACCAAAUGCCAUCAGGGCGUUAGCAAGGAUCAUUGAUGCGCAAUCCGUUCAAUCCGUUGAGAGAUUCUUCAAGUCCGCCUUAGUCGAUAGAUCUUCCUCCAUCUCAUCUGCAUCCCUCGUAUCAUCCUACCACCUCUUCCCCCUCUCACCAUCCAUAAUCAAGCGAUGGUCCAAUGAAGCUCAAGAAGCAGUCAACGCCAAAUCAGUUUCAUCAUUCGCGUCCAGCGCUUCGUCGUACUUGUCAGGAGGUGGAAGUGGUGGUUCGGGUGGAUACCAGGCUGUAGCAAGCUCAAGCUAUAUAAUGCAAUACCAUGCUUUAGGUUUGUUAUACUUGAUAAGAGAGAAGGAUAGAAUGGCAAUCACAAAAAUGGUUCAACAGCUAGGUUCUAAUGGAAAGUCAAACAAUAUAAUCAAGAAUCCAAUGGCCAUGUGCAUGUUGAUCAGAUUUGCUAGGAAAGUGAUGGAUGAGGAUCCAAAUGUCAGGAAACAGAUGCACGAAUACCUCGAGAGUCUAUUGAGGCACAAAUCAGAGAUGGUCAACAUCGAAGCUGCUCGGGCAAUCUGUGAGAUGAGGGACGUUCAGCCUGGAGACUUGUACAGGACCGUUGCGGUCCUUCAACUGUUCAUGAACUCCUCUAAACCCGUCAUCAAAUUCGCUGCCGUCAAGACACUCAACAAACUCGCUCAGAUCCUACCUGAAUCAGUUGCGACUGUCAACGUAGAGUUGGAGAAUUUGAUCACGGACUCCAAUAGAAGUAUCGCUACUUAUGCUAUUACCACUUUACUCAAGACUGGUAAUGAAGCUUCAGUCGAUCGAUUGAUGAAACAAAUCUCCUCGUUCAUGGCUGAUAUCACCGAUGAAUUCAAGAUCAUCGUGGUUGAUGCUAUCCGAUCGUUAUGUCUUAAAUUCCCGGGUAAACAAGCUAUCAUGCUUUCGUUCCUCUCUGGAGUAUUGAGGGAUGAAGGUGGAUACGACUUCAAGCAUGCUGUUGUGGAAGCUAUCUUUGACAUGAUCAAAUUCAUCAAAGAUUGUAGAGAAACUGCUCUCGCCCAUCUCUGUGAAUUCAUCGAAGAUUGUGAAUUCACUAAACUCUCUGUCCGAAUCCUCCAUUUACUCGGUAUCGAAGGACCCAAGACUAGAAACCCAACCAAAUUCAUCAGAUACAUCUACAACCGAGUGGUACUUGAAAAUGCCGUUGUACGAGCCGCAGCAGUCAGCAGUCUUGCCAAGUUCGGUGUCUGUAUCGAUGACAAGGCUGUGAUGAAAUCUGUGAAUGUUCUCUUGAGAAGAUGUCUGGAUGAUGUAGAUGAUGAGGUCAGAGAUAGAGCGGCUAUGUAUAUCAAGGUAUUGGAGGAAAAAUCCUUAGCUGACGUGUUUGUCCGAGAGGAGGCUACAUUCUCCCUUGGUCAACUGGAAGAACAACUUGUCUCUUACGUCAAAGACGAGACCAAGCAUUCAUCCGCAUUCGACGUAUCUUCCAUUCCCCGAGUCAGCAAGGAAGCGGCCGCAGCCGAAAUCGCUCAAGCUCGAUCUUCUGCUCUCGACAUUGCUGGUCCAUCUACACCUAAACCUGAAUCUUCCGCUCAAGCAUCUACAUCCGCCGAGGCUCAAUCUUCAUCAUACGCAAGUCAACUUGCUGCCAUUCCCGAACUCGAAUCGUACGGACCCGUGCUUAGAUCAUCAAGCAAACCUGUCGAACUUACCGAAUCUGAAACUGAAUAUGUCGUUUCAGCCGUCAAACACAUAUUCAAGGAGCAUGUCGUAUUCCAAUUCAACGUGUCAAAUACCAUACCUGAUACUGUUCUUGAACAAGUGGCGGUAAUCAUGAAUCCUUCACCUGAGUCGGGUUUGACAGAGGACUUCAUCGUACCUAUCCAAAGUCUGAGUGCGGCCAGUGGAACGGGUGUGAUCUACGUUUCGUUCACGAGGGAUGAUCCGUCGACGUACGCUGCUGGAACUUUCAGCUGUACUUUGAAAUUCAUAAGUAAAGAGAUUGAUCCUAAUUCUGGUGAACCGGAGGAAGAAGGGUAUGAUGAUGAGUAUCAAGUUGAGGAAUUGGAUUUGGGUGCUGGUGACUACAUUACACCUACCUACGUUACGUUCUCGAGUGAAUGGGAUAAAUUGGCAGAAUCAGCUUCGUUGACCGAGACAUUUGCCUUAUCAUCGUCCGAAUCAUUGAAAGACGCUUGUAAAUCCCUUAUCGAAGUACUCAACAUGCUCCCACUAGGCGGUACCGAAACUCCCACUUCCAACUCUGUACAUACCCUCAAUUUGUCAGGUUUGGUGAUUCCAACUAACGGGAACGAUAAGUCCAGUAAGGUGCUGGCAAGGUGCAGGAUGACUUAUUCGCCUGGAUCGGGAGUGACGCUUGAAUUGAGUGUAAGGGCGGAGAACGAACAAGGUGCGAGGUUGGUCAUGGCUGCUAUUUAG